AUGGACGGCGCGCCGGGCGCCGCCUUCGCCCUGGACAAGCCGGCGCUGGGCCCGGGGCCGCCGCCGCCGCCGCCCGCGCUGGGGCCGGCCGACUGCGCCCAGGCGCGCAAGAACUUCACGGUGAGCCACCUCCUGGACCUGGAGGAGGUGGCGGCGGCCGGGCGGCUCGCGGCGCGCCCCGGGGCCCGGGCCGAGGCGCGGGAGGGCGCGGCGCGGGAGCCGUCCGGGGGCAGCAGCGGCAGCGAGGCGGCGCCGCAGGAAGGUGAGUGCCCCAGCCCCGGGCGCGGCGGCGCCAGCAAGAGGAAGAAGAAGCAGCGGCGGAACCGCACGACAUUCAACAGCAGCCAACUGCAGGCGCUGGAGCGCGUGUUCGAGCGCACGCACUACCCCGACGCCUUCGUGCGGGAGGAGCUGGCGCGGCGCGUCAACCUCAGCGAGGCGCGCGUGCAGGUCUGGUUUCAGAACCGCAGAGCCAAGUUCCGCCGCAACGAGCGGGCCAUGCUGGCCAACCGCUCGGCCUCGCUGCUCAAGUCCUACAGCCAGGAGGCGGCCAUCGAGCAGCCGGUGGCGCCCAGGCCCACCGCGCUCAGCCCCGAUUACCUCUCCUGGACCACCUCCGCCCCCUACAGCACGGUGCCAUCCUACAGCCCCGGAGGCGCGGGCCCCACGCCCUCGGGCGUCAACAUGGCCAAUAGCAUCGCCAGCCUCCGGCUCAAGGCCAAGGAGUUCAGCCUGCACCACAGUCAGGUGCCCACGGUGAACUGACAGCGGUGGCGAGGCCGCGCGACACCAGUCCGGGAGCGGGCACGGGUGCCCGGGACAGGCCCUUCCUUCGGUCGGACACCCAGCCCCAGCGCGGCCUGCGAGGACCUGGCCUUACCCGGCCUGCGGAUGUCUCGGCCCGAAGGUGGAGCUGGAGCU